UUUAUUCUGUUCCUUUACCUUGGAUCAUUCCAACUUAGCUUAAACAAUUGUCCCAACGGUCCAGUUUCACGUGGCGCCGAUCCCAGUUUUUGAAAAAAAAAAAUGGCAGGCUUCAUGUGUCGCUUCUGACACCCCAAAUUGUAUUUCCUGAUCUAAGUGCUGCAUUCUCAGAUUCCACAACUUUAAUACAAUUCAAAACUUGGGUUGCGCCUAAAAAGUUUAGGAGUUUUUGGCAAUGGGGAAUUGCUCUGUCAAAGGGGUCACAAGAGAUUGUUGCAACUCUAUAAGGGUUCUGAGUGAUACUGGGGCUGUAUUACAAUUCAGAGGCCCUAUUACAGCUCGAGAAAUCCUUAACGAUCACCCGGGAUAUGGCAUUUUCCGGCAGGGUCAUGCGUCAUCACCCGUGCAGGACCUCGAUUGCCUAAUCGGUGGCCAAUUGUACUAUCUACUUCCACUUGUUAAGGAGUGUGCGCUUUGCAACAGGGAAGUCAAAGAACAAGUGCAGAACACAAAGACGAUCGAGCAAUUAGAGGCCGAGUGGAUGCAAGCCAAGAGGUCGAUGAGUGCAGCAACGGAUGUUGCUGAGAAUUUGGCAGAUGGAUCGGCUCUUGAGGUGCUGCCAUCGGUUGAAGAUGGAGUUUGGAGAGUGAAGUUGGUGAUUGACACAAAACAGUUGGAGGAAAUACUGUCGGAGCAAGUGAACACUGAGGCUUUGAUCGAGAGAAUGAGGAUGGCUGCAAGCUCUGCUAGCCCAACACCAAAGCAGACGACGGGUGCUUGGGCUUGGGGAAUGGGUUGGAGGCCGACCUUGCCUAAACUUUUCAAGGGCCUUGAUCAAGGAAAAUAAAAAAUGACUAUUUCCUUUAGCUCAUACUCAGGAUCUUUGUAGGUUUAAGUACUUCGUUCUGUACAUAUUCGAAUGAAAUGUAAGGUUAUUUAUGAAUGCAUGAAAUGCACAAGGUUUAAUGUAAAAAGCUUGAUCUGGAUGUACUUCAACGGAAAAUCUUAUCAUGUGUU